AUGAGACGCGGUGUGGUGGCGUACUGCGCCGCCGCCCCGGCAGCCACCCUGUGCGCUCUUACAGGCAAGCAGGUGACAGACUGGGAGGCGCACCGCCGCACCUUGGAGAUGCGACUGUUUGAGCUGCUGAAGAGCCGGUUGGCCUCCCCAACGGAGCCGCUGCCGGCAAACCACAUCUACGCCACCAUCGCGAAUCCGUGUCGCCUCAUCGACGAGUUUAACUUUGCCAAGACAACGCGACGGAUGGACCGUCUGCGGAUUUCUCUCGGAUUUCUGCGGCGGCACAAUGUGCUUCUCCAUGGCCUGCUGUUUCACGUAAAGGAGUCAAAAACGUGGAACACCACGGCGGGAUUUGGGCGAUUGGCUUUGUUUGGGGAAAGUUUGCUUCGUCACGAGGUCCGUGUGCGUACGCUUCGGUUGUUUCCCUCCAUAGAUUCUCCGACGUACGCCGCACUGACCGCCGUGAUGUUGAACGAAGAUGCGUUGUGCACCCUUUUUGAUCGUUUAGGGAUGAAGUCACUUGUUGGCGCUAAACCUGAGGGCAAGGACCGCGACUGGUCCUUAACAAAGGAGCAGCGUAGCAACAUGCUGUGCGCCAUCGUAGGUGAAAUGAGCUGGUUCACGGCUCGAACAAAGGCCACAGAUCGAACACACAACAAUGCACUUUUCCCGCCAUCUGAUGCACUUAUUCUUCAUGUGUUGUGUUGCCACCUACUCGAGAGUCUGCCGGCGGAGCUUAUUUAUGCCCUUGUGGAGCCCAGUGUGCAUCGCCUCAAGAAGGUCUGGGUCAAUGAGCCAAUGUCGCUCCCCUCACAGCUGCAUUUAAGGCCCCGAACAAUUGGCGCGCUCUCGUUGUCUCUGGAAAAGAAGCCCAUUUGCGUAGAAGAACGCCUUCGCAAGGCGGAAGCGCAGGCUUCCACUGUGUGUCGUCCUUUCCUCUCUCCCGAGCGUGUUGUUGGUAGCGUAAAAUCCACCAUGCGGCCGCGUUGGAACUAUAAGCGUUUUGAUGAGCGACGAUAUCAAUUACUGAGCGACGACAAGCGGAGUUGUUUGCCUCUGUUUUCUUCGCCGAAAACCAGGAAUUCUGUCGCGUCUGCGGUUGCGACGAUGACAGAUGAAAGACGUAGGGAGUUAGUUUCUGUAGCGUUGGAGCGAGUGGCGCGUGACGCGGCAAAAACUGCGUGA